AUGAUAGAUAACUAAUGUGUGAGAUAUUCAACUGAGUCAUAAGCAAAUCAUGGAAACUUUUUUCAUACUGAAAUAAAUUAAACAGUCAACUAAAAUAGAUAAAUCAAAUAAUCUCAUAUUGAUGAAUUGACUAGAAAAUAUGAGAUAUCUCUUCAAAAUUACGUUAGAGAACAUCAAGAAAAAUACUCUUAACUGACUUUGGAUAAGUUAGAUCUUUAAGACAAAGUUAAAAAGCUUGAAUCUGAAAAUAGAUAGCUGUAAGUCAAAUUAGAUAGCAAUUUAAAGACUCCAUAUGAAGUUAAAAAAUAUCAAAAGAUAAUAUUAGAGUUAGAAUAAAAUCUUCUCUUUUCUGAAAAUCAAAAGAGAAAGCUUUAAACUGAGAUGGAUAUAAUGAAACGCACUGUUCAUUUAAGGUUAUUAGUGUAGUAACAAAAUAUCAAGGAAUCUUAAGAACUAGAAGAAUAGAAGGAAAAAUAGAAAUAAUAUAGAAACCCUGAAAUUGAAAUGACAAAUCAGGAAUUACUGAAGCACAUUUAAGAAUUAGGUUCAGAAAAGCUAUCUCCCAAAAACUACUCUUUAAAGAUAAGUAUGCUAGGUAAAACUAUACAACAGCUGAAAGAUGAACUCACAAAAAGGAAUGAUUAUUAUGAGCAGUUAGAGAAUGACAUCAAAUUAUACAAAUAAAAAUAUGAAGAAAUUUCUUGUAAGUGUGAUUAAUUAGAAAUUGAAAAUAAAAAGAUAAUAAUAAACUGCCAAGGAGAAAUAGAGCAACUCACAGAUCAAAAGUAAUCAGAAAUUGAAACUCUCAAAAAAUAAAUACACCACUAUUCUCAAAUGUACGCAGCUGCCAAUCUUAAUAUUGCUGAAUAAAAGGAAAAAUAUGAAGCCAGGCAGCAUAACUAAGAACUUGAAACAGAUAAAAUUCGUCAUGAAUUUUUAAUUUUAGAUAACUUAAUACAAAAAAAUGCUAGAGACUAUUAAGAAGAGAGAAUGUAAAAGGAGUAAGCUAUGAUGAAGAUGGAAACGAGUUAUAAAAAGGAAAUAUUUGAUUUAAAUGGAAAAUUAGAAAAUGAAUUGAAAAAAUAUAUUCGACUUUAAAACCAACAUUAAGAUGAAAUGAUUUAACUUAAAAACAAGCACAACAUAGAAUUUCAGGUUAUUAGAAACGAGAAAAUUAAAAUAGCUGAGGCAUUAAGACAAAAAGAAAUAGACUUUAUGAAACAAAUUUAACAAUAGGAAAGGUAAAGGUAGUAAGAUGCAUUAAAAUACUCAAACAUCAUGAAGCAGAUGAAUGUCAUAACUUAAAACAAAGGAUCUGAUGACUAAGUUUUUGAGGAAUAAAUAAAAGAAAUGAACAAGAAUUUAAAAUUUCAAGAAAAAGAAUAAGAUAGACUAAAAGAAAAGAUAGAUGAAUACAGAAUUAUCAUUAUUGAUAAGGAUAAGUUAAUAAAAGAUAAAGAUGAAAUUAUUGAAAAAUAGAAUACUGAGUUAAAGGAGAUAAAGUUCUCAUUAGAAAGGGAAAAAAUGAAAUGGGAUGAAUCAAAGAGGGAAGAAAUACUUGAAUUAAGCAAGAGGUAUGAACAGAGAAUUAUGGAAGAAGAAGAUAGGAGAGUUAAUGAACUCUCAAGAUAAAGAAUCGAAUUAACUAAUAAAGUUGUCAGGAUAGAAGAAAAAUACAAAGAAAAAAACAACUUUUUAUCAAAUGAAUUUGAUAAAAUUAAAAACAUUAUUAACACCAGAAAUGAAUUAGUUCAAGUUCAAUUUUUUGAUUACCAAUAAGAAUCUCUUCUUAAAGUAGACAAACUCCUCAUUCAAUAAGAAUUAAAAAUAUAAAAAAUAGAAGAAUAAUACUAGACUCAGAUAUAAUAAAUUGUCGAUAAAUACGAAGGAGACAUUAAAAUUUUAAAAGAGAGACACACUCGAGAAAUUAAUUCAUUAAUUUUUAAGUAUGAAGAAGAAGUAAAAAAACCAAUGCUAAGAUAAGUUCAGUUUUACAAGGAAGAAUUAAAUAAGAUAGAAUAAGAUAUGAAUAUAAUUAAGUAAGAAGAUUCAGAGUUUCAUGUAAUUAAUGAAAUUUUAAAGCACUGUAAAAGUGGUGAAGAAGCUGAUUUACAAAAAGAGAAUAUUAGAAUAAUUUCUGAAUUAAAAAAUAAAGUAAAAUCCUUGAAUUUAGAUUUAGAGCACUCAUAGCAGUAAAGGAAUAUGCUAAGCUAAGAAAAUGAUGCUUUAGGGAAAAAAAUAGAAAUUUUAAUUGAAAAACUGAAUAAGUCAAAAGCAGAUGUUGAAACUUAAUGUGAUUUCUUAACUGACGAGCUAACUUAUGAAAAGAAUUUGAGGAAGUAAUAAGAAAAGGAAUUGUAACUAUAAUAUGAGAAUUAAAUUUAAAAAUUAGUUAGAGAUUAAGAAGAAUUAGUAAAAUAAUUCUCUAUCAAGCAUAAUAAUUUUAUCGAUUUAAGCGAGGAAAGAUAUGAAGAUCUCAAAAAGAGAUAUGAUUUACUUCUUGAAGACACGUACAACUAUAAGAUCUAAUGCGAUCAAAUCAUUUAAGAAUGUGAUAAUCUUAAAGAAGAAAUUUAUAAACUUUAAUCUGAUCAAAAGACUCUUAUUAGAGAAAUGGAGGAUAGAGAGAAACUUUACUCAAAACUAUACUAAACAGAAUAAGAUAAAAAAUACCAAUCUGAUUGGAAAGAGGAGUAAAAAAGAAUUAAAAAAUAAAUGGCUGAGCUUUCUCGUAAGAACUAUUUACUUUCAGAGCUUAAUAAUUAAUACUCUGAGGAAAAUAGAGAAGGAGAUGCCAUAAAAGUAUCUUCAGAAUCUGAUAAUGAAUAAGAUUAAUCUUCUCCUUUGAAAGAAAAGAUUAAAUCAUAAAUAAUUGCAAUAUAAAAUAAAAAUUUUUAAGAUAUUAAGUAGAGAUACGCAGAAAAUAGCUAGGCUAUAAUUAAUUAAGAAGAAAAUAGCAGAAAUUUUAAAUCAUCAAAAUCUAAAUCUUUUUAUUCUAACUAUGAGGAUAUUAGUUUAUCAAGGAGUGCUUCUAAGAAACUUAUGACUGAGUAAUCAAAUUAUAAUGAGGAUCUCUUAAAAGAAAUAAAAUCUAAGCAUGAAACUUUUAAAAGUUCAAUUCUGAAAAGCGAAAGCUCUGCCAGAAAUUUUAAAGAAGAAAAGUCAUCAAAAGAUGACCAGGAUUUAAGUAAAUUCUUAGAUAAUGAAUAAUUGAGCACACAAAAAUAUGAACCAAAGAGAAUAAUAACACAAACUCUUUCUAUGAGGUAAUCUGCUCAUUAUAAAAUAUAAGACACAAGUGAAGAAGAAGAGGAUAAUGAAUCACCAUAAAAAAAAUAGAGACCAAAUACAUCUUAAAAUUAUUCAGCAUAGUAAAUAAAAAACUUAGGCAAUUAAAAGAGAUUAUCAUUUGAUUCAAUCCAUGCCAUAAUCGAAUCAAACCUAAAUAAAAAUAUAUCUGCAUCUAAAUUAACUUCAAAGUUUGGCAAUAAAAAUUCCUAAAUUGCUUAACUAAACAAAACAUCUACUUAAAUUAUGAGGGCUUAAACUCUUACUAGAGUAUAAAGUCCUGAAAAAGUUCAGACAUAACCUUAAAAUAUUAAUAAUAGCUCAGGUAAAAAAGUACUGAAGAUAAACAAGCAAACAGUCAACAAACUCUACAAAAGUGAAUCUUAAAAGCAAAUGAAGACCUCAGAAUCAACUAACAAUCAAUAAAAUCGUCCUAUUAAUCAAAGUCCUUUAAAAACAAAUAGUAAUAACUAAAAUAUAAUAUAAUAGAUUAAAUUGAAACCAACAUAUGCUGAGUUGUAUAAAUAAAUUUUUAAUUAAAGAUUAAAUUUCGAAGUUAAAGGUGUUCAUGCUAAUACUUUAUUUAACUGA